CGUAACUGCAUCAUUCAGCCACUUCCUCUUUCCCGUAGCAAACAUGGCGGAGUACGACCUCACCACUAAGAUUGCUCACUUUUUAGACCGUCAUCUCGUUUUUCCACUUCUGGAGUUCCUGUCCGUCAAAGGGAUCUACAACGAGGAUGAACUGCUUCAUGGAAAACUGGACCUCCUCAGUGACACAAACAUGGUGGACUUUGCCAUGGAUGUGUACAGAAACCUUUACCCUGAGAAGGAAAUCCCUCAUACGCUGAAGGAGAAGAGGACAGAGGUUGUAGCCCAGCUGAAGCAGCUUCAGUCUGAGACAGAACCGAUAGUGAAGAUGUUUGAGGAUCCUGAGACAACCAGGCAGAUGCAGUCCACCAGAGAUGGACGGAUGCUUUUUGACUAUUUGGCAGAAAAGCACAACUUCCGUCAGGAGUACUUGGAUACUCUGUACCGAUAUGCCAAGUUCCAGUAUGAGUGUGGGAAUUACUCUGGUGCUGCUGAGUACCUCUACUUCUUCCGUGUCCUGGUCCCAUCUACAGAUAGAAAUGCCCUGAACUCCCUGUGGGGCAAACUGGCCUCUGAGAUCCUGAUGCAGAACUGGGAUGCUGCCAUGGAGGACCUCACCCGCCUGAGAGAGACUAUUGAUAACAACUCUGUGAGCUCCCCUCUCCAGUCUCUCCAGCAGCGGACGUGGCUCAUUCACUGGUCUCUCUUUGUCUUCUUCAACCAUCCUAAAGGCAGAGACAACAUUAUUGAGCUUUUUCUGUAUCAGCCACAAUACCUCAAUGCUAUCCAGACCAUGUGCCCCCACAUCUUGCGUUACCUAACCACGGCAGUCAUCACAAACAAAGAUGUCCGUAAGCGUCGGCAGGUUUUAAAGGAUCUGGUGAAAGUCAUACAGCAGGAAUCUUACACCUACAAAGAUCCGAUUACCGAGUUUGUGGAGUGCCUGUAUGUGAACUUUGACUUUGACAGUGCCCAGAAGAAACUCAGGGAGUGUGAGUCGGUUCUUGUAAAUGACUUCUUCCUGGUUGCCUGCCUGGAGGACUUCAUUGAAAAUGCCCGGCUCUUCAUCUUUGAGACUUUCUGCAGAAUUCAUCAGUGCAUCAGUAUCAGCAUGCUGGCAGACAAGCUGAACAUGACACCUGAGGAUGCUGAGAGAUGGAUCGUCAACCUAAUCCGCAACGCCAGGCUGGAUGCCAAGAUAGACUCUAAACUGGGCCAUGUUGUCAUGGGGAACAAUGCCAUAUCGCCUUACCAGCAGGUGAUUGAGAAAACCAAGAGUCUCUCUUUCCGCAGCCAAAUGUUGGCCAUGAACAUUGAGAAAAAGCAGGUCUCCAGUACCAGAAAUGAGACACCGAGCUGGGCCGGUCAGGAUGCUGGAUUUUAGCUGCACAAUGAAGAUGGGUCAUUCUUUAUUCCAUACUUGUCUGUCAAAGAGCUCAGUGCUGUUUUACACAUGGUUCAAGUCAUCACCAGUUCAAUAAAAGUGACCAAGAAAACCA